GCCCUCAGCAGUCUGGCGCGUACGGUGGUGCGUUCUUUCUCUUCCAGGCGUCGCCGGCCACCGGGGAGUUGGGACAACGGCGAUCUCGACCAGUGUGGCAGCAUAGUCGCACACCACUUGUUCGACGGAAAGCCCAAGGACGGUAAGGUCGAGGAAAUGGCAGCCUAGACGAGGGAUCGUGUCAGACUGCACAUUCUGGCAGACAAGCCAUGCGUAGCUGCGUGCGUUCUCGACCGCUGCUGGCCUGGCAUCUGGAAGUUCACGCCUGUCCUGUAAUCCUAUGCAUCACUAUAACGUCUAUAUAUAGGAGAGCACCAGGGAGUUCAGCAACUUGGUCACACAAUCGCACAGAUAUAGUGGUUGUGUUCACUUUGUUUGCAUCACUUCGUGAAAUCUAUCUUCUCUCCUCGUGUAGUUUCCAAAUGAGCAAAUCCUGUUUGGCCCAAUUUUCAACUUUUGGGUCCAUUUGACGGCAAUGGUUUCAAUUUUGGUUGGCAAGGAACUUUCAUGGUGGCUUUUUUUCCCACUUCCUUGAUUGCAUCAGUCUCCACUCUGAGUAGUUGCACGUGUCCCGUUCAUGCUAUGAAUCCUGAGAAAUAUUGUCCCACUACACUUUGUGCUGUUAGGCAAGGAUAGCUGACCCGGAAGCACUGAAACUGGAGGUACCAAAAACACUACCAGGACCUCCUACUGUCUGCAUUCUGGAACUCUGCAUACUGGACCACCAAAGCUAUCCUGUUUUGAUGACUGGGUGCAAGACAGUGCCAUCUUGAUGGGAGCUUUAAUUCUAGGUUGAGUUUUUUUCCCUGGCUUCUCAGUGAGUGCCACAAUUAGAGUACUACAUACGUGGUAAUAAGCACAAGUGUCAUACGUCUGUUGCUCUUGCUGCAGCUAUCGGCAGAGGGCUUUGUCACACAAUACAGCCUUUCAAAUAUGAGUGCAAUGGAGGCUGCUUUAGUAUCUGGACUGUCCAAAGUUGUAGGAAACAAGCUAGGUUCAAUGAUAUCAAGUGAGUUUGCUGCCAUAACUGGUGUGAAAAAAGAUCUCUCUGAGCUCCAGGGUGUACAUGCAGAAAUUACGAGUUGGCUGUCGAUGCUUAGUGACAGGGCAAUAGAUAGUGACCCAUCGCUUCGAUGGUUGAUGAAAUUGAGAAAUCUUCUUAAUGACAUUUAUGAUUUACUUGAUGAAGUAUACCUUAAACAUGAGAAACACAGGAUAGAUCGAGACCAUGACAAGCAUGCUAUGGCUGUCUGCUUUUGUGGGAAACCAAAGUUGCUUCUGUUUCGAUGGAAGGUGGCCCAUAAGAUCAAAGCAAUCAAGGUGGAAUUUGAUGCAAUUGUGAAGCAAAAAAGUGAUGCCAACACUGUACUACAUAAUUUACAUUUGGAUCAACUAAUACAAAGCAAAAACAAGACAACUAGGGAGCCGUCCUUAUUGAGUAAUAAUAAAGAGUCAAAAAUACCAUCAAGGGAUCAUGUGAAGAGUGAAAUCGUGUUAGAGCUUGUGGAAUCUAAAAAAGGAGAUGCUGGUCGUAUAGUUUCUAUAGUUGGUCUUGGUGGUUCUGGCAAAACUACAUUGGCCCAACACAUCUGCCAUGACGACAAGAUAAAGGUGCACUUCAAAGAUACAAUAUUCUGGAUCCAUGUGUCACAAGAAUUUUGCAGGGACAAACUUAUAGGCAAACUAUUUGAAGCUAUCAUUGGCCAUAGGUCAGAUCAUCACGCACAACAACACAUGCUCCGUGUGAUUUCAAAAAAAUUGAGCGGUAAUAAAUUCCUUCUUGUCUUGGAUGAUGCUUGGCAUGAGGACAGGCAUGAUUGGGAAAAUUUCAUGGUGCUCUUAGAUAAUGGUGCACCAGGAAGCAAGAUUCUUCUAACUACCCGUAAUCAAAGUGUUGCGAACGCAGUGGAAUCUAAGGUUGUAUUCAAAUUGGCAUUCUUAUCAGAGGAAGAAAGUUGGAGCUUCUUUCUUAAGAGUUGUGGUUGGAUUGAGGAAGAUUUAGGGUAUGACUUUAUUGAAGUUGGAAAAGAUAUUGUGAAGCAAUGUGGCGGGGUGCCACUAGCAAUAAAAAUUCUCGGAUCCGUACUAUGUGAGAGGAGGGGAAUAAAUACUUGGAGGGCGAUAAGAGAGAGUAAUUUAUGGGAUGAAGAGAAUAUAGAAGCUCGAGUGUUCGCAUCCUUGAAACUAAGCUACAUUUACUUGAAAGAUCAUCUAAAGCAGUGCUUUACAUUUUGCUCUAUAUUCCCCAAAGGUUCUAAAAUCAACAAAGGCUACUUGAUUGAACAAUGGAUGGCCCAUGGAUUCAUCAAGUUGAAGAAGGAAGAGCUAGCACAGGAUAUUGGAAGCGAAUACUUUGAUUCCCUUAUGAAAGCUGGUUUUCUUCAGGAUCCAGUUGAAACUUUGCCACAAAGAAGUGUAUCUUGCAAGAUGCAUGACCUUAUUCAUGAUCUUACUCAGUAUAUUUUACGGAACGAAGUGGUGACAUCUCUUCAGAAGAAUAUGACUACAGACUGUUCACAAAAUUGCAGAUAUUUAUCAUUAACAUCUUGUAGUGGGAAGGUUGAAAGGGGUCUAUUUUACAAGGUGCGUGCUGUAUAUGUCUCUGGAGGUAACCCAUCAUUUGAUAAUCUUGUUAAGAAGAGUUUCUACGUCCGCAGUGUUGUUCUAGACUACGCAGUUGAUACCCCAUUUCCAUUAUUUGUAUUGAAGCUAGAACAUCUUGCAUAUUUGGAAAUCCAUAAUGUUAGUUGCACAGAACUUCCAGAAGCUAUCUCUGGCUGUUGGAACUUGCAGUCACUUCAUCUUAUUGGUUGCAAAGGUUUUGUGACAUUACCUAAGUCUAUUGGCGAACUUAAGAAGCUACAAACUCUAGAAUUUAAUUGUAUUACUGAUCUCGAGACUUUGCCUCAAUCCAUUGGUAACUGCCGAGAUCUUCAAUCCUUGCAACUAAAUUACUGUGGAAAGCUCAGAGAGAUACCAAGCUCUGUAGGCAGAUUGAGAAAACUAAGUGUGCUUCAUAUAAUCGGAUGUUCAUCUCUGAAACAACUAUUGUUACAAUUCAAUGGAGAGUUAAGCAACUUACUGACAGUAAACUUACAUGGUUGUCGUGGUCUCGAAGACCUUCCAAGCAAAUUUUCCUGUCCGAAGCUUCGUACUCUUCACCUUUCUGAAACCAAAAUUACUGUGCUACCCCAAUGGAUUACAUCGAUUGGUACUCUAGAGUGUAUAUACCUUCAAAAUUGCAAGGAGCUACUUGAGUUGCCUAAAGAUAUAAUUAACUUAAAACAUCUUGAGGUUUUGAAUCUAGUGGGUUGCAGCAAACUACAAUGCAUGCCAUCAGGGCUUAGACAACUGACCCGGUUAAGAAAUCUAGGCUCGUUUGCUGUUGGUUGUGGUGGAGAUGAUGCGAGGAUCUCAGAGCUUGAAAAUCUUGAUAUGAUAAGUGGUCAUAUGAAAAUUACCAACCUUAAAUACCUAAAGGAUCCAAGUGAGGCAGAAAAGGCCAUGUUGAAGCGGAAGAAUAUAUGGAGUUUGGAGUUGUCCUGGUCUUCAAGUCAAACCAAAGAAGAGUUAGUAUCAGAUGUGGAACAAGAUCAGUGUGUGCUUAAUGCUCUUGAGCCACCAUCAACAAUUAUGUCCUUGAAAAUAUGUGGUUACAGAAGCCCCAUUUUGCCAAGUUGGAUGGCGAAGCAAAAUGACUCUUCUUGCUGUGCUGGUACAGUGUUCAAGCAGGCCAGUUUAUGUCCGUUCCUUUCUCUAACAAAAAUGACACUAGAAGAAUUUCAUAACUUGAAGUAUAUAUGCGGACUUUUGGUGUUUGCUUCACUGAAGUCCCUGAAUCUGCUCAGAAUGGCUAACUUAGAGGAGCUGUGGACUACAACAAGUGGUUUUGAAAUUCAGGGGGAAGAAUCAGAAGCACAACAGUGUUUUCCUGUCCUGUCUGAAGUUUGCAUUACAUGCUGCCCGAAAUUGAAUGUGAAACCGUACUUCCCACCAUCGUUGUUGUCGUUGUCUUUUGAAGAAAGCAAUGAGCAGCUGCUAUCCCCAUGUAGCUUCUCUCGUCUACUUCCUCGACCUGCCAAUGAAUCUUCGUCAUCCUGCAAUGUGCAGUCUGCAGCGCCGUGCAUCAGGGAACUACAACUAAGAAACAUGAUGGGAUCAUCAUCUAGCUGGGAACUACUGCAGAACCACACUGAACUUGAAGUCUUGCAUAUUCAAUGCUGCAAUGACCUGAAACAAUUACCUGAUAGCAUUCGAAAUCUCACCUCCUUAAGGGUGUUGUGGAUAAUGGAAUGCAAGAGGCUUCGCAUGCUUCCGGAGUGGCUUGGCGAACUGUGUUCCUUGCAAUCCCUGUAUGUCUUGGUGACCCCACUGAUUGACAGCCUCCCACAAUCGGCAAAGUACCUUACGUCCCUUAUCUCAUUGCAAAUUUGUCGUUGGGACAAAAUGAAGGAGCUGCCUGACGUGAUUCAGCAUCUCACCUCCCUUCAAGUGCUCAACUUGGGAUUAUGUCCUGCACUGACUGUGCUGCCAGAGUGCAUUGGACAGCUGUCGGCACUUCGUAGUCUGCAGAUCCAGCAUUGUUAUGCCCUUCAAUGUCUGCCUCAGUCCUUACAACGGCUUACUGCUCUCCGCGAACUGCACAUCAGUUUCUCCCCUGGCUUGGCUAGGCGUUACAAGCAAGGAGUGGGCCCAGACUGGCAACUUGUCUCUCACAUUCCUGAUGUGCGUAUAAAUUAGGGUGGACACGCGAAUGCUGCAGUAUCUAUCCAAUAAACCAUUGACCGUGUUACUAUUUGUCCUCCCUGAUGAAGAUAGAGCAAACUAGCACAUGUCCUCUGCAAUUACGUACACGCCUGUGGCCUGUGUAAUUUAUAUAACGAAAUGAAACUUCAGUCUGAUGGAAUCCCAUUAGUGUCUGCUACACCUGACUCACUAUGCGCGCUUGAACAAGAUUCAGAUUCGAGGACCAAGAAGGAUCCGCUGUCCAGUCAGCUGGACUAUUCAGAAAGUUAGAUCCAUUCCAUUUGAUGGAUGGAGCUUAUUAAAAGUUUAAAACUUGUGAUAAAUUUACUCUGGUAACUAGACCAUAUAUCGGUUACAAAAGGACAUGUUUUUUUAAGUAAUUGUUCAGCUUGUAAGUUUGUGUUGUUUGUAUAUAUGCACAAUGAUGAACCGCAUUUCCUGAAUCAUGUACACUUUGAGGUUUAUGUAAGCGGUGAUCAAGCUUCUUUUAUCAAGUGAAAUAUGUUCCAGUUUGAUCACCUGAACUAUUGGAAAAGGAUAUGAAACUUUAGCUUGCAUGU